GCUUGCUUUCAGUCGCAAUCGGAAUAACAGUACGUGCGGACGUUCACGGGAGCGUUUCGUUGCCGUCGCAUCAUAACUACAGUUUGUUCUAGCCUAGCUGUUGGCGCGCCUGGACAACGCCAAGUGCGUUUGGAGUGUUGCCCCUAAAAAAAAAUAGCCAAAGUGUUUAGCAACAGCUCCUUUCAAUCUAACGCAAACGACACGAAAGCUCGUCCAAAUCGAAACGUUAACAAAAAAAAAAAGCAACAACAACUGCAUCCGAAUCCGCAUCCGCAUUCGCAUCUGCAACGCCAACUCCCCUUUGUCAGCCGGCAAAUGAUCCGCCGAAAUAAAAUUGAAAGUUGCCUCCGGGUUGGAGCCUAAUGAGCAUGGAACAGGCGGGGGGCGUCCAAAGUGUCGCCGCUGCCGUGCGAUACGUUCGUGUUUCGCCCAACCAACUGGGAGCCAUCCAAUGCUGGAGGUGUUCGUUGAGCCAAAAGAUAAAUAAAUAUAACACUGCGUAGCCGGCACUUGAUUCUGCCGCCCACAGCGUAAAACAAUCAGAAUAAGCGUGAAAAAAGGUAUCAAAAACUACAGAGAAUAAUGCUGGCAAAGCGUAUCGAGAAUAAAGCAAGAAUACUAAAAUCAGCAAAAGAAAAUUUUAAUACUGAAAAGUUGCAAGCAAAACCAAACGAAUGAAAUCAAAAUACCAAAGAAGAUUUACAAAACCAACACGCAAAAAAAAAAAAAACAAAACCAAAACAACACAAAAAACUAAACACAACAACAAGAACAACUGAAAGUAAAUCAACAAAUGCUUCUGCCACAGGCCAAAGAAUCGAAAGUGAAUGAAAAUCUCAGCAAUAAAAUGGCGCUGGGAAAAUCCAUUAAAAUGUACCUGACCAUAUUCAUAGCCACGACCUGCAUCUAUAUGGUGCUCUACCAAUAUCACAUGUCCCGACAGCCCCUCGCCGCCAACGAGCUCGUCAAGCAUCCAGAAAAAUCAUCAUCAUCAUCAUCGUCUUCAUCGUCAUACAUCGCUUCAUAUUUGUGGGCGCCGCCUAUGUUGAACAACUCCUCCAACUCCAUUAAUACGACAAUGGGACAGGGACUGGUGCAGGUGCAUGGGCCAAAUGCCACAGACACGUCCUCCGUCUCCUCCUCCUCCUCCGCCGCAUCCAACUCGGUUUCUGCCUCUGGGUCGUCCUUCUACUCGACGGUUUCAUUGCCACUGACAUUGUCAUCAGCAUCCGACGCCAACAACAAAAGCAUCUCCACAACAACAACAAGCACGACAACGACAACAACAACAACAGUUGCCAAUGCUGUUGUGUCUGCAACAACAACAACAACAACAACAGCCCAAAAACUUAAAACAACAACCCAACCCAGCCACGCCCACAAGUCAAUGGUAAAAGCAAUGGGCGCCGUUCAUAAAAUUCGUACAACAUUUGUUGCCGUUUCCGAGCCCCCGCCAUUGUACAUCAUCACGCCCACUUAUCGACGCCCUGAACAGCUGGCGGAGCUAACACGACUCGGUUACACCCUGAAGCAUGUGCUCAACCUGCUCUGGCUGGUUAUCGAGGAUGCCAACAAGACCAACCCGCUGGUCGCUCACACCCUGGAUCGCAUUGGUGUGCCCUAUGAGUACCUGGUCGCCCCUAUGCCCGAGCAGUACAAGCUGACGAAGCGUGCCAAGCCCCGCGGUGUCUCCAAUCGGAAUCGAGGACUUGAUUAUCUGCGCGCAAAUGCCACCGAGGGGGUUCUAUAUUUUGCCGACGAUGAUAACACCUACGAUGUUAACAUAUUUGAACAGAUGCGUUAUACCAAAAAGGUGUCCAUGUGGCCAGUGGGUCUAGUGACCAAAACUGGUGUCAGCAGUCCCAUUAUACGUGAGGGCAAACUGGAUGGCUAUUACGAUGGCUGGAUAGGGGGACGCAAAUAUCCCGUCGAUAUGGCCGGUUUUGCGGUGAGCGUCAAAUUUUUACACGAGCGUCCGCAUGCGAAGAUGCCAUUCAAGCCGGGCUACGAGGAGGAUGGGUUCUUGCGCAGCCUGGCCCCGCUGCAGAACAAUGAGAUUGAGCUGCUGGCCGACGAGUGCAGAGAGAUACUCACCUGGCACACACAGACGAAAAAGAAUCCGGCUGCUCUGCCGUUCAACCAGACACGCUAUGGGAAUACAAACUUGGCGUUUAUAGAGAAGCUGCUGGUGCGCCCGUAGAACGGGGGACGCCACCUUGUCCAAGUGUAGUUAGGCUUAGUUAAGUGUAUGCGAAUACGAUUGCUAUACGAUUGUGUAUGCAGCGAGUGAGCUCACAAAGUGUCCACGGCUUUGACCAGUUGUACAGGUACAAACUUGUGUUUAAGUCGUCUCUUUAUAACGACUAUCAUUAGUUUGCACAGACUAAAUUAUGUAAAUUAUUAAUGUAACCACACAUACAGAUAGACGCAUACAUAUACACAUUAAAAUGUAACUUAGUUAGGCUCUAAGCGCACAAGUUUAUACGGUAUUUGAAAUCAUGGCCAAGGCUUGAUUUGAAACCACAUAGUUUAGACUCCGCUGCACAGACAGUAUAUACCUUUUAGUAUUGUAUAUUAUAGUAUCCUCUAUCUAUUUUGUAUAUACUCGCAAUACACGUUCAUGGCUGAAGCCAUAAAUCAAUUUAAGAUGGUAAAUUUUUGAUAAGCGAAAAGUAUUUAAGUGCAUUACUUUAUGAAAGACAACAGCCUACAUUUAAGGUUUAGUUAAUAAGUUCAACUGUUUUUUGCACUCCCAUUCAAGAUAGUUCGUUAGGGCACGUCCAAGCAGUAUACACUUAUGGUUUCUGUUCCUAAAAUACAUUGUAAUUUUAUUUCAUUGU